AUGGCCUGGAAAGCCCCACUCUUACAACUACUGCUGCUACCGCUGUUCUCAGUUCUGGGUGUGGCCCUGACCUGUGCUUCCUCUGCAGGCUUCCCUAAGGUUGAGAAGCUUCAACGCAGGGUGGGGGAGACACUCUCUGUGAGAUGCCAGUACCCGACCGGUAUGAGUGCCUACGAGAGGAAAAGCUUAUGUAAGGAGGUAUCAGCAUAUCAGUGUAUCAGUUUAGUCUCCAGCUCCUAUCCCCAGACAUUGGCCCAGGCCUCUCGAUUUUCAAUCUGGGACAGCCCUAGAGAUGGCUUCUUCACUGUCACCAUGAUCAGUCUGACGGAGGAAGACUCAGGACACUACUGGUGUAGAACCUACCACGCUUCCAGAAAAUCUGUCUCAAGGUCCACAAAGUUCUAUCUGGUGGUGUCUACAGGUGAGCCCCUUCCCUCUUUCUUCUGUGAGUCCAAGUGGGACAGCCCCACAUCCACAAGGGUCUGGCUCAGGGACCACAAUGGAGGCUGCCACCCCAGUCCUGUCCUCCCCUUUCUCCCCACUCCCUCCAGGCAACAAAACUCCACCCUCACCUCCAGCCCUGAAGCCCCCAGUGUCCUGGUCCCUGUGUUGUGUGGACUCCUCGUGGCCAAGAGCCUGAUGCUGGCUGCCCUGUUUGUCCUCAGUGGCCAGGGCAGCCUUCCUCUCUCUCCAGAGGAUGUGGCCACCAACCUGGUGUGUAGUAAGACAUGCUAUAGAAAAACUCAGAUGGAACUUAGGAGCCCAGAAGCUAGGAAAGCCAUCUGUCACUUUAAGCAGAUGGCUGACCUUCUCUGGGCCUCAGUUUCCCCAUAUGUAGAGGGAUAAAUAUUAUACCACACUGUUGUUAGGAUUAAGCUGAACAAUACAAAUGAACAAGCUUCGUAAAUGAUAAAAUUAUGUAUGUUAUUUGUGUAGUUUGUUUCCUUCAAACCCUAAAACUGUCCUGCUGUUUCACAUUUGAUCUCUGGUGAACGAAGUUCUAUAUUUUUCCCUUUGUUUUCUCCAUCACUGACCUUUCUUAUCAUCUGUUUUCUCAUUGUCCCCUGAAAGUCUGGGAGCUCCCUUAGAGGGCAGCAUGCUUCAUGUAAGCCCCGUGAAUAGCCAUCUCGCACCAUCUCCAGUGUUUCAACUCCUGACCCAUAUUACAUCUCUUUUAGGACAUUCCAUCUCUCUCCCAUUGCCUCUCUAUGAAAACCUCUGUCAGUUGGCUGCUUAUAUAAGCAAGUCAUUUAAUCCUAUUGGGUGGUUUUAUGCACCACUAUUUGCAUAGCAAUGGACCAAUCCCUUGCAAGAUUAUGUCCUAGCCAAUCAUCUUUGGCAGAAUUAUAAACCCAAGGCCAGAAAGACCAUAUAUAAAAAGAAACCCAUUGCACUGGAGGUCUAAUCUGGCUUGGGACUGUGGUCAGGAUCCACAUACCCCUCUGACCCUGUCAACUGUUUUCAGCUCCUUCAGUCUUUCUGGGGAAGAGGCCCAGGAAAUGAGAGGCCAUGUUUGCAGAGGGAGAGAGUAGCAUUUGAUUCGACCACAGUUUCCUCCCAGAACUUCUCAACUCCUCUCCCCGCCAUCCCCUACCCCACUUCCACUCCCUGCGUAAGGGGAAGCUAAGAGUACCUCAGAGUUUCCGUAGCUGUGAGAGGCUGAGCUGAGGUCUCUCAGAGCCCAGAGACCCUCCGUGUACCUGAGGGGAGGAGUCUGGGCUCUGCCUCCCCAACCCUCCCCUAUUUCCGUGGAGCCCAUUUCCCCAGGCCUUCCACUCAUGUCCUCCUUCUCAGAGGACCUGAACACAGCACCAUUUUCCAGGGACCACGCCUUAUCAACAUAACAAAGAAAACCUUAUUCCCAAGUGGGAUUACCUUCACAGGUAUACGGGUUAGAAUCCCACCACAUAUUUUGGGGGGACACAAUUCAAUCCAUAACACACAUACAAACUAAAAUUAAAGAAA